AGGGGCGGCGCUUGGCGAGCGCGCUGCUCCGCGACGGCGAAGGAGGCCGGGCCGCGAUCGGCGUGCGGAGAGCGGACGCGGCACGAGAAGCGGCAGCAGCGGCAGGAGGAGCGGGCGCCUGUCCGGGGAGGCGGCGAGCAGCUGCAGCAUCUGCAGCCGGCAGGCCCGGGGUCGCGAUGUUGCCUGCGGCGCGGGCCGACUACCUGGCGCCCUGGUGGGCGUCGUGGCUGCACGGGCUGCCCCACUUGAGCCUCCGCCUGCAACCGGUCUCCAGCGCCUUCCGCCCGAGGGACGCCGACUACCAGCAGUCCCUGUUGCUCUUGGCUCUCGUGGGAGCUGUCUUUCUGGGCCUCAACCUGGUAUUCCUUGGUAUUUAUCUGAUCUGUGUGUGCUGCUGCAAGAGGGAGGAGGAGUCAGAGACGAAGAGGCCCAAUUCGUGCUGCAUCACCUGGACUGCUGUGGUCGCCGGCCUCAUCUGUUGUGCUGCUGUUGGCAUUGGUUUCUAUGGCAACAGUGAAACCAACGAUGGGGUUUAUCAACUGAUCUACGCCCUAAAUAAUGCUAAUCGCACUCUUUCGGAGAUUGAUUCGCUGGUCUCAAACACCUCUGUGCAGAUGAAGGUGGCUCUGGAGCAGCACCUGGCGCGGCUGAACGAGAUCUUUGCCACCCGAGGCGACUAUGUGCAGACACUCAAGUUCCUGCAGCAGAUGGCUGGCAAUAUUGUGCUGCAGCUCUCGGGGUUCCCUGUCUGGAACGACGUCACUGUAGACCUGUCUCAAGUCGCUGGUGAAGUUGGUUACGUGGAAUAUUAUAGAUGGCUCUCCUACCUCUUGCUCUUCAUCCUGGACUUGGUGAUCUGCCUUAUUGCCUGCCUGGGCCUAGCAAAGCACUCCAAAUGUCUGCUUAUUGUGAUUCUGUGCUGUGGGCUUUUCACACUCAUUCUCAGCUGGUCUUCCUUUGCGGCAGAUGUGUCGGGAGCGGUGGGUACCAGUGACUUCUGCAUGGCUCCAGAUAAGUUCAUCAUGAACAUGACGCAAAGCGACCUCAGUGCAGAGAUUGUACGGUACUACCUGUAUUGCAGCCAGAGUCUGACCAACCCCUUCCAGCAGGCCUUGACCAUCUACCAGCGUUCUCUCACGACCAUGCAGAUCCAGGUCCAAGGCCUCAUGCAGUUUGCUCUCCCUCUUUUCCCUACAGCCGAGAGAGAUCUGCUCGGCAUACAGCAGCUACUGAACAAAUCAGAGGGCAGCCUCCACCAGCUGACCGCCAUGUUGGACUGCCGGGGCUUACACAAGGACUACCUGGAUGCCUUGAUUGGGAUCUGCUACGAUGGGGUGGAAGGCUUGCUGUACCUCAUUCUUUUCUCCCUCUUGGCUGCCGUGUCCUUCUCCACCGUCAUCUGUGCCGUGCCGCGUGCCUGGAAGCAUUUAGCCAGCAGGGACCGGGAUUAUGACGACAUAGAUGAAGAAGACCCCUUCAAUCCGCAGGCCCGACGAAUUGCUGCCCACAACCCCAGCCGGGGGCAGCUCCGUAGUUUCUGCAGCUACAGUAGCAGCCUGGGUAGCCAGACCAGCCUGCAGCCUCCAGCACAGACCAUCUCCAAUGCGCCAGUAUCAGAGUACAUGAACCAAGCUGUGCUCUUUGGUGGGAACCCACGCUAUGAAAACGUCCCACUGAUUGGAAGAGGAUCGCCUCCCCCCACGUAUUCUCCAAGUAUGCGAGCCACCUAUCUAUCGGUUAAUGAUGAUCACAGGCGACAGCACGGCCCCCAAUUUCCAGCCUAGCACUCACCUUGUAGACAAAAGCCCACAACAUACGAUGUUGCUAUAGUGGAAAACCCAGUGACAACUUGAAGGCGCACGGACUGCAGGGAAAUAGAAUUGCCUCCGCAGGGAUGCAGAAGGGCUCUCUGAGAGGGAGUCGGCUGAAGAAGACACCCGCUGGCACUACGGAUAUAACUUUCCAGGGAUUAUCCCAGGUGCUCGACCGACAGCCUUUUCUCUCUCACAACGUUUAGUCUUCCUCUCUCGCACACACAGGAUGGUACCCGGUGCUUCCAUCCUUCGAGUGAACUGCUCCGAAGUCUCCUCCUUGACUCCGCCAUUUCCUCCCGAUCCCUUCCUGCCACCAGUGCAUUGCCCUCCCCAAACCUAUUUUUUUUGGGGGGACGGGGGAGAGACGGGGUGAAAUUAGGGUUUGGACUGUCGGAAGUUUAUGCAUAGGCUUUCCCUCUGCACCAACUUGAGGGCUGGGUUUCCCCCCCCCCCCAUCAUUGAUGGUGUGGUUCGGGCUUCCUUUUUGAUUUUGUUUGUUUGUUUUAUUAGGAGCAAAUAACAAAGACCAGUACACUGUACAAGUAAAACAGAACACUGAUUCGUGGUGUACAGUGAUCUAAGGGAGGUGGGCUGCUUUCCACGAAAGAAAAAUGCACCCCACUCUUUGGAGUCAAAUGCAAUACCAACCGCUAGAGCGAAUUUUCUUUUUUCCUCUAGAGAGGUCUCUGCACACACAAAAAGCCUAUUUCUGGCUGCUACUUCAUCAUCUUCAUCAUUGCCCUUUUCAUAGCACCUGUUUGGUGUAGAAUGGUACGAGAUCCACACUCCGUAUUCUCCCUUUGUCAUCGGUUAUUAGAAUUAACAUGCAGUUCAGCCAACAUUACUUCAAUGGCCUCAGGUAUUAUUUAGAACAAACUGGGUUUGUUUUGUUCUUUUAUGCAUUUUGUUUGUUCUUCGUAUUACAAUAAUUAUUGUUAUUUCCAGUGUUUUUAUAUCGGCUAUCCAAAGAGCAUAACCUCUUUUUAUCUCUCUCUCUUUUUUUGUCUUUUAAAAGAUUUUUUUAUUAAUUACAUGUGAGGUGAGUUAUUUUUUAUUAUGUUGAAUAAUUUACAAAUUUCUGUUUUUAGCACUGAUUUUUCUUAAUCAAAUGCCAUUGCCCAUGCAGGGGAAAACUUUGACAUAUUCAAGCAUUAUUUUCUCUCAGUAUGCUGGGGCGGGGCAGGGUGAAUAAAAAUAACAAUGAAAAUUGGGUUGGUAUGUAAUAGGGAGAAAUUGCUCUAACCAUUGCCAUGAAGGUGCUGCUGACAGACAGUGUCUUAGUACAAUUUCCCUUGAGAGUAAUGUCUCAUCUAUUUUCCUCCAGUCGUGGAUUGUGGUACACCUACUGUCUUUAGAGACUCUUGAAAGCUAUCGAUGCUAAUCGAGGGAGUCCUUUUAAACUAGAACUGGUGCUCAUCACUGCAGCGAUUGUAGCACAACUUUGGCUGCCAAUAGAAAUGGAACAUGGUUUUCCAUAUCCACCCAGUACUGAAGAGAGGAAUUCUCUUCUACCCUUCUUCUGUGUCUGUGUGCGUGUCUCUGAGUUAAGUCCAGCUCAUGGGCAUAGCCAGGGUUUAUGUUGGGGCGGGCAGGACACCCAGCUGUCAUCGCCCUCUGUCUAGCAUAUUUCAGAAUGAAAUGUCUCAACAACAGCUGUUUUAAAUGGCUUUCUUUCUGACCUCAAGUGCUCAGAAAAAUCUGUCAAAAAUCUUCAGUCAUUUGAAAACUAGGAACUUAAAUGAAAAAUUAUCGUCAGGGAGUGCUUUUCAUGCAAUAUAUUUUGCAAAAUUACAAAGGGCACAUCUUUUUUUCUUUCAUCUUUUAAAAAAAAAAUUAAA